AGUCAAAGAUAUACAACUCAUCAAACGUUCUUCCUCCAUCACAAUCUCUAGACUUUCCCGAUCUGUCUUCUUUCUCUCCUUAAAAAAAAAAGAGAUCUCAUCUUUAGCAAAUGGGUUGCCUCAGCAGCAAACACCGGCAAGAAGAAACCGCCGCAAAACCCUCAACUCCGAUCACUCCAGCACAAACCCACGUCGUCCCGGAGCACCGGAAACCCCAAACUCCACCGACCCACCACCAGAUUUCAGCCCCGCCGCCGUCCUCCAACCCCACGACCGUCCGAGAUCAUGACACCAUACUAGGCAAACCCUUCGAAGACAUAAGAAAAUUCUACAGCUUGGGUAAAGAGCUAGGCCGAGGGCAGUUCGGGAUAACGUACAGGUGCAGAGAGAUCUCCACGGGGAACACUUACGCCUGCAAGUCCAUCUUGAAGAGGAAGCUGAUCAGCAAGCAAGACAAGGAGGAUGUGAAGAGAGAGAUUCAGAUAAUGCAGUACUUGUCUGGACAAGCCAACAUUGUUGAGAUCAAGGGUGCUUAUGAGGAUAGACAGUCUGUGCAUUUGGUGAUGGAGUUGUGUGCGGGUGGUGAGUUGUUCGAUAGGAUUAUAGCUCAGGGACAUUACUCGGAGAGAGCUGCUGCUGGGAUCAUUAGGUCCAUUGUGAAUGUUGUUCAGAUUUGUCAUUUCAUGGGUGUGGUUCAUAGAGAUCUCAAGCCUGAGAAUUUCUUGCUGUCCAGUAAAGAGGAGAAUGCUAUGCUUAAGGCAACUGACUUCGGGUUGUCUGUCUUCAUUGAAGAAGGAAAAGUUUACCGGGAUAUAGUGGGGAGUGCUUACUACGUUGCUCCUGAAGUAUUAAGGCGAAGCUACGGGAAGGAAAUUGACAUUUGGAGUGCUGGUGUUAUCCUUUACAUCCUACUCAGCGGUGUACCUCCUUUCUGGGCUGAAAAUGAGAAAGGAAUAUUUGAUGAGGUUGUAAAAGGUGAAAUUGACUUUGAAAGCCAGCCAUGGCCUUCUAUAUCUGAGAGUGCGAAAGAUCUUGUUAGGAAGAUGCUUACCAAAGACCCCAGGAGACGAAUCACAGCUGCCCAGGUUCUUGAACAUCCUUGGAUCAAAGGCGGGGAAGCACCAGACAAGCCUAUUGAUAGUGCUGUAUUGUCUCGUAUGAAGCAGUUCCGAGCCAUGAACAAGCUUAAGAAGCUAGCCCUUAAGGUUAUCGCGGAGAGUCUAUCAGAAGAGGAAAUCAAAGGUCUCAAGACCAUGUUUGCCAACAUGGAUACCGACAAAAGCGGUACAAUCACAUACGAAGAACUGAAAACAGGGCUAACUAGGCUUGGUUCUAAACUCUCUGAAACUGAAGUGAAGCAACUCAUGGAAGCAGCUGAUGUGGAUGGAAAUGGAACAAUCGACUACUUUGAGUUUAUCUCUGCGACAAUGCAUCGAUACAAACUGGAUCGAGAUGAGCAUGUAUACAAAGCAUUCCAACAUUUUGAUAAAGACAACAGCGGGCACAUAACUAGAGAUGAGUUGGAAAGUGCCAUGAAGGAGUAUGGAAUGGGAGAUGAAGCUAGCAUCAAAGAAGUUAUAUCUGAAGUUGAUACCGACAAUGAUGGGAGAAUAAACUUUGAGGAGUUCUGUGCAAUGAUGAGAAGUGGUACCACACAACCACAAGGGAAGCUUUUUCCCUUCCAUUGAUCAAAAACACAGUCUCUUGUUUCCCCUUAAAUACAGAUCCAACCUCAAAAAUUAAAUCUUAAACCGGGAGAAAAAAGAGGUAAACCGGGGAAAACCGGAGUCGAGAGUAAUUUAAUCAACUGAUACUGUCUCAAAAAUGUUAUUUCUUCGCUUUAAAAACUGAGUUUUCAUAUAAUGUGUCGCGUCUUGGCUCACUGUAACAAAAUUAAAUCAUUUUUUGUUCCAACGUUCGUAUUUA